AUGGAGGAGUUCGAAGCAGACAUCCCGAUAGACUGCCUAUGCUGCACGUCCUCCAGUCUUGUUGCUGGAGGGUACCUGUUUAAUGAGGGUGUAAGAAGUGGCAAGAUAUACUUCUACAGUCUCGAAAGCAUGAAUAUUGAGAGUGAGCUUGCAACAUCUGGAACUCUUGAUAUUAAGAUAAAUGAGCAAACCUUGUAUUCAGCAAACUCCAGUGAUGUUUCUGCUGUCCAUCUUGCAAGUGGAAGUGCAGUGAGGAUGGACACCGCAUAUGUCAAUACAUAUGUGGAGAUCUGUGACAGCAAUGUGUUUGUUUCUGAUGUCGAAGGAGGUGUUGGUGUGUAUGAUAAUGGAAUGAGGUUUUUAAAAGCCAUUAAGGUCAGCGAGGCGCCUAUCUGGGUCUUGAAGGCAAGCGGCAAAGAAUUGAUAUGUGGGUCUGAAGACGGAAUGUUAAGGUUCAUAGAUACCCGAACAUUUUCUGAGCGGCACAGAAUGAAGAGAGCCUCUGGAAUUACAUCUAUAUAUGAAUGCCCGGAAUACUUGUAUGUUGGAUCAUAUGAUGAAUGUAUAGAGAUUAUUGAUAAAAGAAAGUAUGAGGCUGUAAGAAAGGUAAUGAUUGGGGGAGGAGUAUGGAGGAUUUGUAGAGAAGGAGGGGCGUUCUAUCUGUCCUGUAUGUACGAGGGGUUAAAAAUAUGUGAUGACGAGCUGAAUGUUGUUGAAAGGCUUCCAACGAACUCGAUUGCAUACGGUCUAACUGUAAAAGACAGCAAGGUCUUCUUCACAUCGUUUUAUGACAGGAAGAUAUACAAGCUUGAACGCCCAUAG